AUGCUACUCAUCGGACUAACUGGAUCCAUCGCCACGGGCAAAUCCACCGUCUCAUCGAUGCUCAAGUCGGCGCCGUACGAGCUGCCCAUCGUAGACGCCGACGUCCUCGCCCGCCAGGUCGUCGAACCAGGCACGGACGGCUACAAGGCCAUCGUCAAACACUUUGGCCCGACAACACCGGAUCUCCUGGUCGAGCCGUCCGACUGCGUGCCGGACAACGGCCCCGACGGCAAGGGACGCCCGCUCAAUCGUCCCGCCCUCGGGAGACGCGUCUUUGGCGACAGCGAGCAGCUGAAAAGGGACCGUGCCGUCCUCAAUGGAAUCGUGCAUCCGGCUGUGCGCAGGGAAAUGUUCAAAAUGGUGCUGGGGUGCUAUCUCCGUGGCCACUGGGCCGUCGUGCUUGACAUCCCGCUCUUGUUUGAGAGCAAGCUGGAUCGCUUCUGUGGGGUGACGAUGGUGGUUGCCGUGUCAGACCCCGAGAUUCAGAUGAGGCGGCUGAUGGAGAGGGAUGCCCACCUGAGCAGGGAGGAUGCCGAGAAUCGGGUGCGCAGCCAAGGUGAUGUGAGGGACAAGGCACAGAGAUGCCUGGCGCGAGGCGAGGCCAACGGCGUGGUUUUGUGGAAUGAUGGAUCCAAGGACGAGCUGGAGCUCAAGCUGCGCGGGGCCGUGACCAAGGUCAAGGAGAGCAGCCCGGAGUGGUGGUCGUGGCUCUUGUUGGGCUGUCCGCCGUUGGCCUUGGCUGCGGCUGCCUGGAGGAUAUGGGGAAAUCUCAAGAUAAAUCAGCAAUGGGAAGAAUCACAGAGGGAAGCAAAGGCGAGACGGUAG